CGGAAUGCUCGCGCUGCAUUGAAGGAGCUGUAUAAAAUGGGGUACGUCGCACGCGUGAAGCCUUGUAGCUGACGUAUUAUGGCAUAAAAUUGGUGGAUUUUAAGAGCGGAAUGCGGUUAAAUGUCGUCAGAAGGAGCGAGGAGUCGUGUGUAGCGUGAAAGCCUAACGGGCGAGUCCUGAAGCGAGGUUGACUUUGUCGAAAACUUCCACGCGGACUUGACUCAGUCACUCCCCCAAAAUGGAGAUAGCCAGCGACUGUGUGCUCGACUACUCCCGCUUGAGCCUGAGCACUUUCACCGUGGACGGCGUCAGCGACGAGAAGAGGAGGAACACCACGCAGCUUUAUCUCAACAACAACCGGCUGUGCUCGCUCCCCUCCUCGGUUACCUUUUUCUACAACCUCGAGUUGCUGGACAUCAGCAACAAUGGACUGUCGACACUGAGCGAGGAUAUCACACGCCUGGCCAAGCUGAGGACCCUCAUUGCCAAGAACAACUACCUGGACGAGGUCUCUCUCCCCAAAGGCUUCGGCUCCAUGCAGCUGGAGGUGGUGAAUUUCAGCGGGAAUCGCUUCGAAGAGAUCCCGCUGCAGUGCACUGAACUACGGCGGCUGCAGUCGCUGUCACUCGGUGGGAACAGACUGAAAAGUAUCCCCGCCGAGAUCGAAAAUCUUGUCAGUCUGGAGCUUCUGUAUCUGGGUGGAAACUUCAUCACGGCCAUUCCUCCAGAAGUUGCCAACCUGCCUUACCUGAGCUACUUGGUGUUGUGUGACAACCGCAUCCAAAGCGUGCCACCGCAGCUCACCAGGCUCCACUCGCUGCGCUCCCUCAGCCUCCACAACAACCUGCUGACCUACCUGCCCAGGGAGAUCCUCAGCCUGGUGCACCUGCAAGAGCUCAGCCUCCGCGGCAACCCGCUGGUGGUGCGGUUCGUCAAAGAGAUGACCUACGACCCCCCCUCGCUGCUGGAGCUGGCGGGGCGCACCAUUAAAAGCAGGAACAUGUCCUACUCGCCACGUGACCUGCCCUCCAACCUGCUCAACUACUUGGAACUGGCCAGCAAGUGUCCCAACCCCAAAUGUGCUGGCGUGUACUUCGACUCGUGCGUACGCCAGAUAAAAUUUGUGGACUUCUGCGGCAAGUACCGGCUGCCCCUCAUGCACUACCUUUGCUCCCCGGAGUGCACGACGUCGCCGUGCAGCUCCAACCCUCAAAGCGACGCCGAGUCGGAGGACGAGAACAGCGUGCCCGCCGACCGCCUGCAGAGGGUGCUGCUGGGCUAGAAGCGCCUGAACUCUUUAGUAAUCAUGCAUCUACACACACACGCAGUAUACAGUAUAUACAGUAUAUACAGUAUAUACAGUACACAGGGAAAUACUCUUUAUUAGUGGCCUUCAAUACUGGAUGCAACCUGCAGGAAGUGGAAAGUGUUUCUCUUCAGGGAUUCGCUGUAUGGUGCUUACACACUCGUGUAAUGCGAGUACUUUACAAAUCACAGUGUACAGCGGUAUGAAAGCGUUUGGGCACCCCUGAUCAUUUUCAACAUUUUCCUUUUCUAAAUCACUACUUGUUGGAAUCGGCCAUUUUACUUUAAUAUAUCAUUUAGCAGACCGAUACAGCCAUAGACUUUGAUAGGAUUUACAGAAAGUGCAAAAAAAGGUGCCUAAAUUUGGGCACCCCAACCAAAAAUGGGUGUGUUUGUCUGCUAUAUGACAUAUUUAACUGCAAUUGCUGAUCCAAACAAGCAGCCAUUUAUAAAGGAGCAUCUUGAGAACGACCAGGGGUGCCCAAAUCUUUUCCUACCACCGCAUCCUUUUAGGGAUGAGUCCUGACUUAGACGUGUUAGACGUGUUAGACGUGUUAGACGUGAGAAUGUUAAAUGUUACAGUGGCACCCGAAGGCUGGAGUAGGUUCUUACUAAUGUCUUUCAAAGCACCCUAAAAUGUGACAAAGAUUACCAGGAUUUUUUCAUCAUAUGUGAUUAUGUGCUUUUCUUUAUUUUUUUAAAUCAUAUAAAAAGUAUAUCAUGUUUAUGUCAACUUUUUAGUAAGUGCUUUGAUACAAAUGAUUAAAAUGUACUACAUAUUUAAGUAGCUUGCACUUAAUACAGAAAAUAUAUGACUUUAAUUUGUAUAUGAUCAUAAUAAUAAUUAAAAGUCUGAUCUACGUAGAAUCAUUUGUCAAUUGUUGAUUCAUAUUCUAUAUAUUCCUCUGGGAUUGGUUGGUGGUCACAGUUUUGGAACAUUUGUGUGUAGUUGUGUGUGUGUGUUUGAGAUCAAAACCAGGCCAAAUCUCUUCUAAUUGAAAUCAAAAGGUUCAUUUGAGUUGACCUUACUGUAAACUCUUUUGUUGAACUACUUUUAUGCUACAUACCCUAAAUCGUCAAAUCAACAAAUCCGAUUAAGUGGCUGGCAAGUGACCGCCAGGGCCAUGUCUUUAGCUCACAAAGACAACCGGUCCUUGUUAAAUGUUUCAAAUCAUAAAAUUACAUUUAAAUUUUCAUUAAAAUUAAUUAUAAAAAAAUAAUUCAAUAAAAAUAAUUUUAAUUUAUUAUCAAUGACAACACAACUGAACAAAUAAUUCAGUUUAUAAAUGAAUCGUUUUUACAUUAUUAAAGGAGGGGGAAAAAACAAACCUACAUGACCUUAGGACUCCAGCAAACCACAAGAGAGCCAAUGAGAGCCAUUAUCCACAAAUGCCGAAAACAUGGAACAGUGGUGAACCUUCCCACGAGUGGCCAACCAAAAUGACCUCCAAGAGCGUAGCAAGAACUCAUUCUAGAGGUCACAAAAGGCCCCGCAACAACAUCCAAACAACUGCAGGCCUGACUUGCCUUAGUUAAGGUCUUGAGUUCCAAGACCAAAACCAAACAAAAAGAACAUUCUCGCUUUUGCCAGAAAACAUCUUGAUGAUGUCCAAGAUCUUUGGGGAAAUACUCUGCGGUCUGAAAAGACAAAAGUUGAACUAAAAUAUGGUGGUGGUAGUGUGACGGACUGUGGCUGUUUUGCUGCUUCGGGACCUGGAAGACUUCAUAAAGGGCCGUGUUGGUUUUGAUUGAUUUUGUGUUUAGUUAUGUUGUCAUUGACUAAUAUUUAAAUGUGUUUGAUGAUCUGAAACGUUGACAUGUGACAAACAUGCCAAAAUAAUUAUUAAUAAAUGAACUUAUUCAAUGCAGUGAGUGUAAAAAAGGCCUGCAGGCAUUUACGUUAUGUGGUAUCAUCACCAGUUGGAGGCGAGCCAGCAGGAUACGUGUACUGUAUAACCACACAAUGCCAUGCAUUUUAAACGCAUUGUUUUUGUGUGUUGAACCAACGCAACCUUUUGUUGAAGGAGUUCAUUUGCAUAUGAAGUAUGCUCACUCGCCAAAACGCUUUCCCCGCUCCGAGGAGUCUUCGUCUCUUUUCACUGUUGUACACUUUCCUGAGUCUUUGCUGGAGGUUGUUUCUUUUUGUCCCUUUGUAGUUGACCCGCCAUCGAACCCGCACACCAGCAAACUUACACGUACCGAGUAUUUCAACAUGAAAAAAAAAGUUUGCUACAUCGUUUCUCUGUUUCUUGCCAAUGCGUUUUUUUUCUACCGUAUUCCAAAAGUAUGAUGGAAUUGAGCCUCUUGUGGUCAGGCUUCAGAGUACAUGAAUGAGCGUCCAUGCAAAAGCCUCCCACGUGACCCCAGUGAAUUUACACUACACGCUCGGCUGAGCCUUUACACAUGACAGCCAGCAUGGCCCAGACAAUGAACACUUUACAGGCUGCAGAGUUACUGGGCUAAUCCUCCAAAUCUGGGCAGCAGGAGGGAACAACGCACCCCAGUGAAUACCAUGAUUCUAUUUAUUGGGGAAUAUAUGUAGUAGCAGUAAUACUGCAAUUAGACUUUACCAAAAUAAACUCAUAUUGAAGGAUUGAAGAUUGUUUUUUUAUGGACAAUAAAGUCAAUCCAAAAAAAUCCAACUCAUUGGAAAAAAAUGUUUCAUUACAAAGUCGUACUUUUCAGACAUUUUAUUAAAAAAUAAAAUGACAAUAUUGCAAAGAAAAAGUGUCUUUGGCAGUCAGAAUAUAUUUUUUUAAAUAAGAAAAACAUCACAAACAUUCAAGAAAACUGUGGUAAAUGUAGGAGAAAAAAUGUUACAACUUUUUUUCUUGUAAAUUUACAAGAAAAAAAGUCAUAAAUGUACAAGAAAGAAGUCAUAAAUUAUGAGAAAAAGGCAUAAAUUUAGGACGAAAAAAGUUGUAAAUUUACAAGAAAAAAAUUUCCAACUUUUUUGUCCUGUAAAUUUCUGAGAAAAAACUCAGAUAUUUACGAGGACAAAGUCGGAAAUUUACAAGAAAAAAAAAGAAAAAAAAAUUUCUUGUAACUUUACAAGAAAAAAGUCAUAAAUGGAGGGAGGAAGAGUUCAAGAAAAGAGUUUAUAACAAGAAAAAAGUCGUAAAAUUAUGAGAAAAAAGUCAUACAUUUCCUAGAAAGAAGUUUUUAGUUAUUUUUUUCUCCGCAAUUUACAACUUUUUCUUGUAAAAAAAACCGAAUAUAUUUACGAGAACAAAGUCGUAAAUUUACGAGAAAAAAAUUACAACUUUUUUUCUUGUAAAUUUACAAGUCAUCAAUGUAGGGAGGAAAAUUACAAGAAAAAAAUAAUAAAUUUACAAGAAAGAAAUCGUAAAAUUAUGUGAAAAAGUCAUGAAUUUACAACUUUAAAAUUACAACUUUUUUUCUUGUAAAUUUACAAUAAAAAAAGUUUACAUUGUUUUGUCGUAAAUUCAUGAGAAAAAAGUUGUUAAUUUACAAGCAAACCUAUUGUAUUAUUAAUGUUUAUAUAUGAAUUAUUAAUAUUACCUUUGUCAGGCCAGAGGACACAUAGCCCCCCCCUUUUCAUAGCUGUCUCAGGCAAUGCCGGUUAUAACUGGGCCUGUUUUUUUAUCAUAAUUUCACCACUUCAUUCUCGUGAAUUUACAGCUUUUUCUAAUAAGUGAACCCCGCCCCAUCCAAUCCAAAAGCGUUUAGUUUUAAAGUAAGGUGACAGAGGGACUUGAACCCUGAUUUUCCCUGAUCCCAGCGUGCUUCAUGCUGCUAAUCCAAGUCCAUAGCAACCUGACAGGCGCGCCCAAACUGGGAUUUGCCACAUGGAAGUAUGUUGGAAAGAAAGCAUUUUGGGACGGAAUUGAAGUCAAUCGUGUGCCCACAUGUUGAUGUGCCCACAUGUUGACGCACGGCUGGCAGGCUGGCAGGAAGCAGCGGAGGUGCCGCCUGCCAGGAAUAAUACAGCUGUCCGUUUUAUUGGCAAGGUUUUUACCUGGUUAGAAAGCCACAGCAUCGGGACAUGUCCUCCUCUUUGAAUCAAAUAUUCAAACCCUUGGUAACGUGAGCGUGGUAAUUGGACGAGCGGCGACAGCAGGGCCCCUGCCGGGGCUUCUUAAACCUGAUCCUGAAGGCAACGUGAUAGCUGCUGCGACACGCGCUCACUGGAACGUUACAAGAUGCUCCUUUUGUUCCUCCGUGGGGCACCAACGUCCUGUCAUCAGAUCCCAUGGAGCUCCUCAAACCUUGGUCUCCUCUUGUAGUUGACAUGGUCGGUUUUGGUCAUGGUAAUGCUAAUGCUAAUGCUAAUGCUAAUGGUAAUGGUAAUGGUAAUGGUUUAAUUUCAGUUCCACAUGUCCAAAAGGAGUAGGAAGAAGCAAAGCUUAUUAAAUCCUACCCCUCCAUCUGGUACUUUUACAAUCACUAACUGUUACAUUUGUUCACUUCCUGCUUUCAUAAUAUAAUUUAAGUUUUUUUUUGUUUUUUUUUUAAUUUUGAAUCAGAAAGGGGGCAAACCUUUUUUCACCCCCCCCCCCCCUUGUACAGCUACAGUAUAUGAUGAAACCUACAUAUGUGACAUAAUAGUAAAAAUGACAAUAAAAAUACUACAAAUCACAAGAAUAACAUGAGAAUUUUUCCAUAAAAUGUUGGGAGUGUGUGUAGUAGUAGUAGUAGUAGUAGUAGUAGUAUUCUUAUACUGUAUUCCAAGUGUAGUGUAUGUUUUCCAGCCAGGAGACACGGUGGGUGUCGCACCCUCAUCAGGAAUGAUGUGUGUGUGUGUGCGUGUGUGUGCGUGUGUGUGCGUGUGUGUGUGUGUGUGUGUGUGUGUGUGUGUGUGUGCACGUCGGCUUGUAUUGUAAAUCUCAGUGGCAUCUUAAUAACACCUUGAUACCUCUCAAACAAGUUUUCAAAUAUUUCUGUGUGUGUGUGUGUGUGUUUGUGUGUGUGUGUGUGUGUGUACCUUUCCAUUGAAACAACUUUAUUUAUUUUCACUGUCCACUUCCAAAUGUGGCACCCCGUCCCUUGAGGACCCUGUCACCACUCUCAUGUAGCGUAUGGGCCAUCACUCUCUCCACCCGAU